AUGACCGACAGAACGAAGGUUGCUAGUUCCAGCGUUGACGCCACAAUAUUUCUUCCAUUCUCUUCAACUAAAGAAGAACUUUUAGGAUUAUUGCCACUUAAAGGUCAGAUGCCCGGAGAAGAUAUCGCAAAUGCUGUAAUUGAAUGUAUGGAUAAACAUCAUAUUCCCCUCGAUAAAAUUGUGUCGAUUUCAACAGAUGGGGCCAAAAGUAUGACCGGCGUAAGAAAAGGGUUUGUUGCUAUUUUGAAAGAAAAAAUUAAUCACGAGAUACUUGUUUACCAUUGUAUCAUUCACCAAGAAGCGCUUUGUGUGCAAACAUUUCCAGAUGAAAUUUGUAAAGUUAUGGAAUUAGUGAUUACCAUUAUUAAUUCCAUUUUAGCUAAAGCUCUUAAUCAUCGCCAAUUCAAAGAAUUUUUAUUUGAAAUGGAGAGUGAGUACGCUGAUCUUCUGCGUCAUAACAAGGUACGUUGGUUAUCAGGAGGGAACGUUUUAAAACGUUUCGCGUCCCUUUUUCCGGAAAUUAAAGCAUUUCUCCUUGAGAAGGGCGUUCAGUAUCCAGAACUAACAAACGAUCAGUGA